AGCCUCGAACCCUGAGGUCAGAGGGAGUCUGUGGAACAGGUUCUGAUGUCAGAUAGACCUGGAUUUGUAUCUGGGCCCCAUUACUUAUUAGCCAUGUGGGCUAGUUAACUGUGGGCAAGUUGCUUUACGUCUCUGAAUCUCAGGUUCUCUAGGUCUCAGCCUCGGGAAGGAAGCAGCCAUGAACCUCUCUACCUACCCCCUACUCUUCCCUGGAUUCCGCACAGGAGGUGCUAUCCCUAAGUGUCAUUUGUCUUUGCUUUGCAGGCAUCAUCCUUGAAUCUCCUGAAAUCUUCUCCUGUCCACCAUGAACACCUCUCACUUCUUGGCCUUGCUGUUCCUAGGAUCCCCACAGGGUCAGAACAGGAGCAAGUCAGCUUCUCUGUACACUCCGUACAACUUCUCUGACCACUGCCAGGGUUCCGUAGACCCCAUGGUCUUCAUUGUCACCUCCUACAGCAUCGAGACCAUUGUGGGGGUCCUGGGCAACCUCUGCCUGAUAUGUGUGACUAUUAGGCAGAAGGAGAAGGCCAAUGUGACCAACCUGCUUAUUGCCAACCUGGCCUUCUCUGACUUCCUCAUGUGCCUCAUCUGCCAGCCACUCACGGCUAUCUACACCAUCAUGGACUACUGGGUCUUUGGCGAGGUCCUUUGCAAGAUAUCCACCUUUAUCCAGUGCAUGUCAGUGACAGUCUCCAUCCUCUCGCUUGUCCUUGUGGCUCUGGAGAGGCAUCAGCUCAUCACCAAUCCAACAGGCUGGAAACCCAGUGUCACCCAGGCCUACCUGGGGAUUGUGGUCAUCUGGCUCAUUGCUUGCUUCCUCUCCCUGCCAUUCCUGGCCAACAGCAUCCUAGAGAAUGUCUUUCAUAAGAACCACUCCAAGGCUGUGGAGUUUCUGGCAGAUAAAGUGGUCUGUACUGAGUCUUGGCCACUGGACCAUCACCGCAUCAUCUACACCACCUUCCUACUGCUCUUCCAGUAUUGCAUUCCGCUGGCCUUCAUCCUGGUCUGCUAUGUCCGCAUCUACCAGCGCCUGAGGAAUCAGGGGCGGGUGUUCCGCAAGGGCACCUGUAGCUCGCAGGCUUGGCAGAUGAAGCGGAUCAAUGGGAUCCUCGUGGCCAUGGUGGCUGCCUUUGCUGUGCUUUGGCUGCCCCUGCAUGUGUUCAACAGCCUGGAAGACUGGUACCAUGAGGCCAUUCCCAUUUGUCAUGGCAACCUCAUCUUUUUGGUGUGCCACCUGCUUGCCAUGGCCUCCACCUGUGUCAACCCUUUCAUCUAUGGCUUUCUCAACACCAACUUCAAGAAGGAGAUCAAGGCCCUGGUGCUGACUUGCCAGCAGAGUGUCCCUGUGGAGGAGUCUGAGCAUCUGCCUCUAUCCACAGUGCACACGGAAGUCUCCAAAGGGUCUCUGAGACUCAGUGGCAGGUCCAACCCAAUCUAGCCAGGUCUAGGGCUUCUUCUUGCUCUGUUCAUUGCCAGGCUUUUCCACCUAGCUAAGUGGGCACAUUUCAACCUGGGGGUGGCCUUCUGUCAUUACUGGCUUUGUGGGGCCUAGAUAGGGUAGCAAGGGCCUGUUUCUGUAUCCAGUUGCCUUGUGAAGCCUGGCAUUCAUAUGGUUCAGCUAUUGUUCCUGAAAGAGUUCUGAGUCUGGAUUCUGCAGGUCAUGUACGGUAUGUCUUGAGUCUGAGCAGAUGCCAGAGCUGGAGAUGGUCUGAUUGUUGCAGGCAGAGUUCAUCCUGUUAACUCAGCAACGUGUGCCCAAGCCUGGAAACCCAGGGGUUUUAUCUCCACCAGUGAGACUGAAGACAUGAGUGAAAAGCAUGUGGAGUCAGAGUUCUGGACCUUGGUCAACUCCUAACAUUUUUGGGAGACAAUAUUUGUGGAUGGGCUUUGUACACAGUAAAGAGUUCUCUGGUAGCCGACAGUGAGAUUACUCUGUGUCACUGGCACAUCCAGCUGCAGAGAAGGGACCCUGGCAGCCUGCACACACUCCUUUGCAGUAGGCAAAUUAGCCCUGAGCAGCAGGAAUUCCGGGGUUCACAUCUUUCUCCAUCAUUUUUCUCAUUCUUUGCAUCUGCCACCCUGAAUGAAAGCACUGAGUCCUAGCAACUGGGCUGCCAGGGAGGGAGCAUAUCUUUCUCUCUGUGUCCUGUAAGAACUCUGGAGAGGACUCGUUGUUUGUUUGUUUUUUGAGAUUCUGCACUGCAUUGGCUAUAACCACAUGUCAUGUAGUUCUCUGACCAGGGACUGAACACAGGCCCACUGCACUGGAAGUGCAGAAUCUUAACCACUGAGUCACCAGGGAAGUCCUCUGGGGAGGAUUCUGAUAGCUCAGUCCUUAACCAAUGACUGUGACCAAGUAGCUGGAAUACUUUCUGUACCCAGGCCUGUGUCCCCUGACCACUGUUAGAGCAGAAUGGUGGGGUCAACCCUACUAGAAUCACAGGGAUAAGCAGGAUUAUUGUAUCAGGGGAUAGAGGUAGUCCCCCAAAGCAGAAGUAGUCUUGAAGAGGAGAGAAUAAAUUAGAAAGAUUUUUAGGUGUCAGAUAAGAUGACUUGGAAGUGGAAGAGAGAAGGAAGAGUCCCAGGUUGAGACUUGGGAAAGUGGAUACAUGUCUUGUCCGUUUAGUGUGUUGGAGAGGGUUUUUGGUUUUUUGGUUUAUCUGUGUGCAUUCUGUGUUUGAGGCUCUCUUGGGUGUGCAGAUGGAUAGUCAGAUGCUUGAGUCUGGAGCCCUCGAGAGAGCUUUGGCCAAGGCCUGACCAAGUCACGCUGAGGGGUGGGGCUGAAAUGUGACUAGAUGGGAUGCGGGCUGAUCUGGAGCUGGAUGUGGGCCAAAGGAAUUCCACGUUCCCAGAGCUGAAUCUGGCGAUGGGACAGCGAGGUCAGCAAACAAGGUGGGGUCCUGGGAUAUGGGGUGGGAUGGUGCUCAGCAGGAGGCUCUGCUGGACAGGGCGGAGAUGCUGUUUUCCCAGAAAUGAUACCAGGGAAGUUGCCCUUCAUCUCUUUUCUGUGGUCUUUCUUCUUUAGAGAAUCAAGGACUGCUUCAAGGUCAAGCUUCUUGACUAGAAGAUGGGAGUUGUUGCUGUGACUUACUGCUUUGUAGGGAUACAGUGAUGCCUGAGAAAAUCCUGAAAAGACCUGCACGUUCUUCAAAGAAGAAAUUUUUGCUUCCUACACCCUGUUGAGAGAUGGUCUGGUGAUGGAGGAGUGAGCACAGCUGUCUGUCUUAAAGUGGGUCAUGCUAACUUGGAUAGACAUCCUUUAAUGACAAGUUCCUUGGCCUGGCCUGGACUGGUGAUAAGACUUCCCCAGUGUCUCUUUAAGGUUCUGAUACAUCUCACAACGGCUGCAAAUGUAUGGACAUAGACAAGACUGGGGCUUCUGUGUCCUGAGAAUAGACUGGGAAAGGAUUUGCAGAGCAUAUUCAGAUGCCUCCUUAGCUGAGAACAACCAGAAACUUCCUACUUCGGGCAGCUGAGAAGGCUUCUGCAGGGUGAACUUGCCAAUGAACCACCAAACAGGAGGGUGCAUGGCCCUUGAGGCUUCUAGUUGUUUAAAUGUCACCCUUUAUUUGAAACUGAUUCUUGUCAGAUUUUGAAAACAGUUUAUCGGUG